GGCGGGUCUCGUUGUAGCUGAGCUAGCUGUUGUUGUCCUAUACUUCUGUACUCUGCCUGGUAUCAAGCUGUACGUGAAGAUACUGCCUCUGGAUUAUUAUCAAGACUCAGAAGAUGUCUGACUAUCUCACAAUAGCAGAUCUAAAGAAAUUGUACCUCGUCACGUUUGAUGCUCGAAUUAAGUGGCGAAACAUCUUGCUUAUUCUUGAUGUACCCUCGGAUACCAUCGAUAGUAUUGGUACGAAAUGGCGAGACAAUCCUGAAGAAUGCUAUCGUGAGGGUUUGAAAGAAUGGCUGAAAGGUGAAGAGAGACGCUGGGAAGAUGUUGUCCAAGCAUUGUCCAGUCCCAUUGUGGGCCACGUUCACAUAGCCAGGACCAUCGAGAAAGAUCAUCUACAGUCUACUGAUGCAAGCAAUCCUACUGAUGUGAAGUCAGAGGUUGACCAAAACCGCCAGAAGAUCAACGAUGAUUUGACUGUUUUCUUAGACGAACUUCUCGGUAAAGGUGCAUUUGGAGCAGUCUUCAAAGGCAGCUACAGGGGCGAGAUAUGUGCAGUCAAAGUGCUGCUUCACGAUGCUAUGGAGAUGCAGGCAAGUAUUCCAAUCGGCAAAAACGAACAAGCUAGCGAUGCAAUUGAUCGUGAGAGUGAUUUUCUCAAGUCGUUCCAGCACCCAAAUGUUGUUCAGUUUUUGUUGACUGCUAAGCACCCUAAAUCAGGGAGUACAAUCCUCAUUGUUGAGCUGAUGGAUUGCAAUCUGAGAUCCUAUUUCUCUGGCCUUGAUAAAGAGUCCCUCACUAGCGAAUGUGAAAUUAGCCUCUCUAAAGACAUAGCUUGUGGUCUGGCCUACAUUCAUAGCAAGAAGAUUAUCCACCGUGACCUCUGUGGCGAUAACGUUUUGCUGAAGCUUACACGACCAGUGCCUGUCGCAAAGAUUUCCGACUUUGGCAUGUCACGGCUAUAUGAUCCCUCCAUGCUUAGCCACACCCUCACGGCCGUUGGUCACCGUAUGGGGUAUCUACCUCUUGAAGCUAUUCGAUUGGACAAGGAUAAUUACGAUAAUAGCUUGGAUGUGUUCUCUCUUGGGGCGAUUAUGAUGCAGAUUGUUUGCAAGCUGGAGACGAUCAAAUCAGCCAAGGAUCGAUCAUUCCAUGUUGCCCAGAUCCCUCACACACACAAGUUGAGGAAGCUUAUCGACAGUUGUUUGCAAGAAGACAUGACGAGGAGACCGUCUGCCACGGACAUCUAUGCUGACCUCAUAACAAGCUCAGACCCAGUGGAGGCAACAAAGAGGGAGUCAAAGGACACUCAACCAGUCAAGAAGACACACAGGGAACAGAUUAAGCACAAAGAUGCUGAGCUGGGUCCCCCUCCCAGAGAGUUGAGACCUCCACUCACUCUGAAAUGGAGAAGAGGAAAAGGCAUGCCAAUUAAGAUGAGCACCACGGUACAGAGUGCUGUUAUCAGUGACACGGUGUAUGUUGGUGGAGGUAGUCCAGACAAUGAUUGUGACAGGUGUACAGUGAUGAAGCUCGAGCAAGAUGAAUGGAUCAAACUACCACAGUACACUGCCUAUUGGUUCGCUAUGACAUCACUCGCUAAUCAACUAGUGCUGGUGGGAGGAUGUGAAUCAAGAAACAACAAACCCACCAAUCAACUUGCAGUGUUAGUGUCAGGGGAAUGGACUCACCCGUACCCACCAAUGAACAUUGCUCGUCAUUCCUCAACAGCUGUCUCCUUCAACAACCACAUCAUUGUAGCUGGUGGGCGUGAUGAUAAAAGACGUACCACCUCCUCUGUGGAGGUGUUGGACGUGGCAUCAAGAAGAUGGUACAUUGCUCAGUCACUACCUAACCCACGAUAUUCACUGAAAUCGACUCUCAUAGGAAACACCCUCUACCUAAUGGGAGGGUUCGAUCACACUGAGGUAACCAAGACAGUGCACCACGUCGACCUCAAUGAACUCAAUGCAAAGGCCCUUUCCAACCUGAACACACCCACUCUCUGGCAGACUUUACAAGAAGUACCACUCAAGUUCUCAGCUCCUCUCAGUAUUGGGAGGUCACUAUUAGCCGUUGGUGGAUGGGACGACAGAGCCAACCCAAGUUCAUCGAUCCACCUCUACCAGCCUGACACCAGGAGGUGGGUGAAAGUGGGAGACCUGCCUACUGCACGAUACCGCUGCACAUGCUCAGUACUUCCUAGUGGAGAGGUCAUUGUAGCCGGAGGACAGACCAACACUUAUACUAUUAUUCAAACUGUUGAUUUCUUCUCUAUAAGUGCUAAUUAGUUAUUUUGUUAAUUGUUUCUCUUUAAUUGUGCGAUGAGUUUAUAACGAUAUUGGUAUUCUUUUUAUCAUGUUGAAAGUUGCAACAGAAUUUUAUCGCAUAUAAUUAUAGUUAUUAUGA